UGUGCGCCGAGGAUCUGUGCGACAAAGUGUGAAUAAUUAUUGUUUUCGCCGUAGCGAAAAGCGUAAUCCGUAACCGUGGCGAAGGAAUUGUCCAAUUUGUUAACAUUACAACAGAACACGGCUGAGAUGACACAACAACCGCAAUGGGGCAUAAGUUUAUCAAAGUACUUUGUGUUGCCACAACGUGUGAUAUUGGCCAUAAUGGGCUUUCUGGCCAUCCUGAAUGCCUAUACGAUGCGCGUCUGUCUCUCUCAGGCCAUCACGGUGCUCGUCAUCAAGAAGAACAGCUCGGAAUCUGAAGACGGCGGCUCUGCGAUCUGUGAAGCCGAUGAUUUGGAUAAUGGCGCCUCCUCCGAUAGCGGUAUAUACGAUUGGUCCGAGGAGCUGCAGGGCCUGAUUCUGUCCUCGUUCUACAUUGGCUACAUUGUCACCCAUGUGCCCGGCGGUCUGCUCGCCGAGAAGUUUGGCGGCAAAUGGACUCUCGGCCUGGGCAUUCUAUCGACGGCUGUCUUCACGAUGCUCACCCCGCUGGCCAUUGAGCAGGGCGGCUCCGACUGGCUGAUUGUGACGCGUGUCCUGAUGGGCCUGGGCGAGGGCACCACAUUCCCCGCAUUGAGUGUCCUGCUGGCUGCCUGGGUGCCAGCCAACGAGCGUGGCAAGCUGGGCGCCUUGGUCCUGGGCGGUGGUCAGGUGGGCACCAUUAUGGGCAACCUGCUAUCGGGCGUCUUCCUCGACGAGUUCGAAUGGCCAUUUGUCUUCUACUUCUUUGGCGGUCUUGGCGUCAUUUGGUUUGUCAUCUUCAUCUUCCUCUGCUUCAGCGAUCCCAUGAGCCAUCCGUUUAUCAAGCCCUCGGAACGCGAAUAUCUGAGCAAGGAGAUUGGAACAAUUGGUCGUAACGAUAAUCUGCCGCCGACACCCUGGAAAGCCAUCCUCACCAAUCUGCCGAUGUUUGCGCUGGUCUGCGCUCAGAUCGGUCACGAUUGGGGCUUCUAUAUCAUGGUGACGGAUUUGCCCAAGUAUAUGGCCGAUGUGCUGCAGUUCUCGAUCAAGGCCAACGGCCUGUACUCCUCCCUGCCCUACGUGAUGAUGUGGAUCGUGUCGGUGGGCAGCGGCUUUGUGGCCGAUUGGAUGAUUCGUCGUGGCAUCAUGAAUACGACCAACACGCGUAAGGUGAUGACUGGACUGGCCGCCUUCGGUCCAGCCAUCUUCAUGGUGGGCGCUUCCUAUGCCGACUGCGAUCGUGUCCUUGUCGUUGUCCUCUUCACCAUCUGCAUGGGCCUGAUGGGCGCCUACUAUGCGGGCAUGAAGCUCAGUCCCCUGGACAUGAGUCCCAACUAUGCUGGCACCUUGAUGGCCAUCACGAACGGAAUUGGAGCGAUAACGGGCGUGGUGACGCCCUACCUGGUGGGCGUGAUGACACCAAAUGCCACGCUGCUCGAAUGGCGCACCGUCUUCUGGGUGGCCUUUGCCGUACUCUUCAUCACGGCCAUCAUCUACUGCAUUUGGGCGUCCGGCGAAGUGCAGCCCUUCAACGAUGCAAUCAUCGAGCCACGCAACGUCGACUUCGAGGCCGAGGAACGUAAGCCGCAGCCCAAAUUGAAGGCCCUGGAGCAGAGCUCCUAGAUCCAAUCAGAUCCAAAGUGCCAUAGCCUAAAUGCUCCAAACCAUGUGCGUGUGAUGUUUUCGUCCACCUGUUGAAUUUCGAGAAUUUUGUUGUUAUGGAACCGCCAGAAGACAUUGUUAAUGUGCGAUUCUCUAUUGCAAUUGCUAGUUUUAUAGUAUGCCAAAAUGUCGGCCCCCAGUGCGCUGUCUAACUAAGUAUAUAUAUACAUGUAUGUCUAUAUCUAUUGUAAGUUAUAAGAUUUUAGCUGCAGUUAUGGCCCCCCCAAAAACCUCCCUAGUCCCAGUCCCUUGUAACUUAUGCCUGUUAUACGUAGGAUAGAUUUGCAAUCCAAUCACCCGUCCCAGCCGCCCACCUCCCACCAGCACCUGCAGCAAUUUACUCUCUUAAUUAUUAUUUAGUAUUUAAACGCAACAGCAAAAAAAAU